GUGCCCUUUGGUCCGAAUAUUUUGGAUUUAAGCCCAGACCUGGGAUCUGAUAGGCAUAAACAGAAGACUGUGCUGAGAGAAAGAUGUGGAACACUUCCGUGCUGCCCAAGGCCCUCACUCUGGGGGUCCUGUGCUUCCUAAUUUCAGUCAAAGGGCACAAGGCAGAUGACCUCAUCAGGACCACCGAGUCUGGACAGGUUCAAGGGACUCAAAUCAGCAUCAAGAAGCUUGACAAAAGUGUUGAUGUUUUCCUGGGAAUCCCCUUUGCCAAACCACCCAUUGGGGCCCUGAGGUUUUCCCCUCCCCAAGCCCCUGACUCCUGGAACAAUGUGAGAGAUGCGACUUCUUACCCACCCAUGUGUUUGCAGGAUGGCCUUAUACAAGAAAAAAUGGAAAAGGCCUUGAAAAUAAAACUCCCCAGGGUUGCCAUUUCUGAAGACUGUUUGUACCUCAAUAUCUAUGUUCCUGGCGACACAAAGGAAGGGGACCGAUUACCAGUGAUGGUAUGGAUCCAUGGCGGUGGUCUCGUUUUUGGCUCAGCCUCCAUGUAUGAUGGCUCGAUAUUGUCUGCAUCCCAGAAUGUGAUAGUGGUCACUAUCCAGUACAGGCUGGGUGUUCUCGGAUUCUUUAGCACUAAUGAUGAGCAUGCACCUGGCAACUGGGGUUACCUGGAUCAGGUAGCUGCCCUACAGUGGGUCCAGAAGAACAUUGCCCACUUUGGAGGAGAUCCUGGCCGUGUGACCAUCUUUGGAGAGUCUGCAGGAGGAACAAGUGUCUCCUCACAUGUUCUGUCCCCCAUGUCCAAAGGUUUGUUCCACAGAGCAAUCAUGGAGAGUGGUGUGGCCAUCCUUCCUGGACUGAUUGCUUCCAGUUCUGACACAGUCACAAAUCUUGUUGCCAAUCUGUCUGCUUGUGAGAGAUCCAGUUCUGCCUCCAUGGUUCAGUGUCUUCGAAGCAAAAGUGAGGAGGAAAUGCUGGCCAUGACCAAGCUUUUCAAGAUAAUCCCUGGAGUAGUUGAUGGGAAAUUCUUGCCCAGACAUCCUGAAGAGUUGUUGGCUGCAGGAGAGUUCCACCAUGUCCCUUGCAUCAUAGGUGUCAAUAACCAUGAAUAUGGUUGGAUUAUUCCUGCUGAGUUGGGCAUUUCUGAACUUAAAGAAAAGAUGGAUAAAGGAGAUAUCCAAUCAACAGUGCAAGGUCCACUUUUGGGUAUUCCUCCUGAGCUUGGCCAUUUGAUGAUUGAGGAGUAUUUAGGAGAUAUUGAAGAUCCUAGAGAACUUAGAGUUCAGUACCAAGAAAUGAUGGGGGAUUUGAUGUUUGCUAUUCCUGCCCUCAAAGUGGCUAAAUAUCAACACAGUUCCAGCUCUCCAGUCUACUUCUAUGAAUUUCAGCAUCGACCAAGCCUGUUUAAAGACAGCAAGCCAGAUUUUGUGAAAGCAGACCAUGGCGAUGAGCUGCUUUUUACCUUUGGAUGGUCUCUUUUAGGUGAUACCACCGAAGAGGAAAAAGUCCUGAGCCAUAAGAUGAUGAGCUACUGGGCCAACUUUGCCCGCCAUGGGAACCCAAAUGGUGCAGACUUAUUGCAAUGGCCAGCCUAUGGCCAGAACGAAGAGUAUAUGCAGCUGAAUUUGCAGUUGUCUGUGGGAAAGAGCCUGAAGGGGAAUAAGUUAGAGUUCUGGACCAAGACCGUACCCCAGAAGAUGAAGGAAUCACUGCUCCAAAAGGGCCGGAUGGAGUUGUGAUUCCUGAGCCUAACCAUUCUUGCAAUCGUUGCAUUUGGAUAACACAGAAGCAUUUCCUUUGAGGAGUUCCAUAGGCCUAAUGAAUGCAUUUGGGCCAAGUAUUUUCAUUCCUGCUAUUGGAGAAGAAUUUAACCAAUAUAAAGAAAGAAAAGGCAUUUUUAUGGUGCCUACUAUGCACCAGGCACGGUGCUAAGUAAGCACUUUUACAAAGAUUAUCUCAUUUGAAAGGGCCCUUCCAGUCCUGGGACACUGAGACUGUGAGGAGACCAACCAGUCCACUGAAUCACUAAAGACAAAAUCCCUCCUUCAAUCAGACAAUUAUAAAGAAAUGAUUUCAUUCUUUGUCUUUGUAUCCUCAGGGCACAGAAUGAAUCUGCCAGUUAGUAGAUGAAAAAUUACUGCUUCUUGAUUGAGUGGUUACGAGAUGGAAGGGACAUUAGAAAUCAUUGAACAAGAGUGAACACCGAGGCCCAGAGAAGGGAAAGGUCUUGGCCAAGGUGGUGCAGACACUAAGUAGCCAGAUCCCCUACCUCCAAAUCUAAGGCUCUUUUCAGUACCUUGAGCUGCUUCUAGGGACAACUUAGAAGAGGACCCAUCUGUUUGCACUUUAUUGAUUAGUAAACAGUUUCUAUACAACUUUUUUGUAAGGAGAUAACAUGAUGCAUUGUGGGUCCUGAAAAUAAAACUUCAAGAUAAUCAAA